CCUCAGCGGCCGGGACAGCGCCUUCUGCCCCGGGGGAAAGCGAGCGAGGGAGCGAGCGGCGGCGGCGCCAUGCGCCCGGCAGAAAAUACCAAGGAUAUUCUUGUGAUAUAUGAACAAGAAGCAGAAGAGUGGGCUCUGUAUUUAAAAUCUCUUUUUGGACACAUAGUGAACGAAGGAGGAAUCUUACUCUACAAUCUGGAGACUUCAUCUUUCAAGCACCAGGAGCUACUCUCUUUACCCUGUUAUAAAUGUAAACUCCUGAUACUAUCGUGUGGACUUCUUAACUGCCUGAAUCAAAAGAGAAGUUAUUUUCUGGAGCAAGUUCUAAAACCUCCGGAUGAUGUGGUCAUCCUACUUUGUGGGGUGGAGAAUUCGGAUAUUCUUUAUGAGAUACUGACCUUAGAUAGAGGCAGCGAAGAGAUUUCUGCUGAUCAGGAACCUGAGGAAUAUCUCUCUGUUAUUACUGGAAUUAUUCAACCAGGUAAGCCACAGAAUGAAAAUCCUGGAGACUCUUCAUCUUACAUCUAUGAAGCAGUUCUUGCAGACGAUCACCAGAUUAGCUCUGAUGUUAACUUGUCAGAUGUCAGGGGAGCAUCAGAAAAAAUGGACCUCAGUUUUAAAACAGAGGUACUUUCUGAAACAUUAGAAACUAACGAGCAGUCGAUAUUGGUGCUUCCAGGAAGAAUACCAUGCGAGAACCCUGGUGAAAUAUUCAUUUUGUUGAAAGAUGAAAUAGAUGAUGAAACUUUAGAAAUUGAAUUCAUAGCAGAUAAUCAACGAAUUAGGACACAGCCAGCCUCUUGGAAUAAGAAGGUCAAGUAUAUGAAAGCCUUAGAUUUUCCCGCUGGCCCUGUAUAUGUAAAUGUCUACUGUGGGGGAGUCAUUAAGACCACAGCGCAGAUUGAGUACUAUACUGCACUAGAGGAAAUUGAGCACAUUUUUAAGAAAGUGGCUGACCCGAUAGCUUUCACUUGUCAGGCUUUUAAAUUUUCUUCUGUAGAGAAGCUGGACAAUGUUCUGACUUUGUUAUUGAAAAGCAAAAUAUCUGCUUAUGAAUUCAGCCUGUUCCAAAGUGAAGAAGAGCACUAUCAACAAGCUAAUAGCCAUUUGGAAGAAUUUCCUACUCUCCUUCACUGUGCAGCCAGAUUUGGAUUAAAGAACCUUGCAACGUUUCUACUCAAUUGUCCUGAGGCCACGCGGGCUUGCAAAAUAGCCAACAAGUAUGGAGAUGAUCCAGCAAGUAUCGCUGAGAAGCACGGGCACAGGGAACUAAGAAAAUUAAUCAAAGAAUUGUCAAUUAACACAGCAGAUAAUUUCACCAAUAGCGAGGAGGAAGCAGAAGACGAUGACACUUACAUGCUUAUGUUAGGCUCAGAAACUCAACCAGCUGAGACAUUAAAAGCCAAGCAGAACCCAGGAGAUCAAUAUGGAAUUGGAUCAAGAUGCCAACAAGAAGCUGAGGCAGAUGAGGAAAAGAAAGAUGAUGUAGAAGACAGCAGAGAGGAGACAGAACAUGAAGAUCAAGAAGAGGAAGAUUCAUACAGCUUUCACAACAGUCCUGACAAUUUGUAUGCCAGCAUACCUGAUGAUCUUAAAGAGAACAGAAGAGACUGCUUUUUCUGUAAGAGGCCACCCCCUCCUCCCCCUCGAAAUCUGCCUGGCAUCCUAAGACAGGAAAAUCUGUACGAUUUAUCACAAGAGAGGAAUUUUGUGGAGGACAGAAGUGAAAGGGAACGUGGUGAUGGACUCAUAACAGCAUGCUACAGAGAAGAGCAAGAUAUAUGCAAGGGAGACAGCGAGGAGGAACACCCAUACACUUUUAUGAAUGUGGAUGAAUCUGUGUAUGAUUUCAUACUGGCUGAGGAAGAGGAGGAGGAGAAAAGGCAAGAACGCAGGUCUUUUAUCAUGAACAGGCCGCCAGCCCCUGCCCCUCGUCCCAUGUGUUCGCCGGUCAGAGAGGAGAACACUCCCUAUAUAGUACAAGUGUUUCAGCAAAAGACCACUCGAAUGCCCAGUGACAACAACAGGAUGUACUGCGAUGCCAGGAAGCCCGCAGCACACAGAGGCCACACUGACACUGUUACCGAUAGCACUGUGAAACACAACAUCCCUGCUGAACAGGAAGAACUCAUCCACUUGCAGGAACAGGUGAAAAAGGGGGCAAUUUCUGUGGAUGAAGCCCUUGAGAGAUUUAAACAGUGGCAGAAUGAAAAACAGAGACUACAGUCCACUCAACAGGAAAAAGUGCACCACCUUAGAGACACCACUAUCGGAAACAGACUAGAAAAGGGAAAUCUGAGUGUUCCUAAGGAAAGCGGACCAGAGAGCAUUCAUUUUAGAGACUUUUUGUUCCACGUGCCAUUUAAUAAAGCGUCUCCAACUAAGAACCCAACAGACAAGGAACAGAUACCUAAUUAACAGAGGGCAAUUCUUCAGUUGGCUGUGCAUCAGUUUCCUCUGCUUGGCAUCCCAUGCGUCUCCAAGCUGCGUCCUGACAGCCUCAGGCUCCGGCGCAUACUGCUGCGACAUGGCUGCGUGAUCAUCGCUGUGCUUUCAGUGUCAUGGAAUCUCUCACCUGGGCC